CAUGGCAGUCAACUUUCAGUACGCGCGCGCACCUCCAUCAGUCGUGCGCGCCGCCGUUCCUGCGGAAUUCAGGGGGCUGUGGUCGGACUCCGAAAGACUCCCACAUAGAAAAUAAUGAACAACAAAUUUGACGCUCUAAAAGAUGACGAUAGUGGGGACCACGAUCAGGAACACGGCUCACCGAAAGACUGUGAGAAGGAAAGACAUGAGGAGGAGGAGAGGGACCAGAACCCUGCCAAAAAGAAGAUAGCGGUACCAGGAGCAGGAGAACACCCUCUCCAGUACAACUACGCCUUCUGGUACUCCAGACGCACGCCCGGCCGGCCCAGCAGCACCCAGAGCUACGAACAGAACAUCAAGCAGAUCGGCAGCUUUGCCUCGGUGGAACAGUUCUGGCGCUUCUACAGUCACAUGGUCCGUCCUGGAGACUUGACUGGUCACAGUGACUUCCACCUCUUCAAGGAAGGCAUCAAACCCAUGUGGGAAGACGAUGCCAAUAAGAUGGGGGGGAAGUGGAUCAUCCGGCUGAGGAAGGGGCUGGCCUCGCGCUGCUGGGAGAACCUCAUCCUGGCCCUGCUGGGGGAACAGUUCAUGGUGGGAGAGGAGAUCUGUGGAGCCGUGGUGUCGGUGCGCUUCCAGGAAGACAUCAUUUCCAUCUGGAACAAGACGGCCAGUGACCAGGCCACCACUGCCCGCAUUCGAGACACUCUGCGCAGGGUGCUCAAUCUUCCCCCCAACACCAUCAUGGAGUACAAGACACACACAGACAGCAUCAAGGCCUGGGAGGACUUCCAUGGGCUGGUGAACGCUAGCGGUGGUCGCUAGUUCCUGGAUCUGUGGCUCUGCCGAGACUAGAUGAGGGUGUGGUGUCGUAUGGAUGAAGAUUCAUGAGAAGGAUACCUCUAUAAGAAUCAGCACUGUUAUAAAUGGAGAGAGAGAGAGAAAGAGCGAGGGUGAGAGAGAGGGACAGUGGCAAGAAAACCAUUCCUUAUUUUCCAUGGUGCAUGGAAACUAUUGGAACUAAACUUAAAAGCUAUUCAACAAGACAUGGAGCCAAGCCGCCUGUUGGGGAAAGAGAGAGUGUAUGUUUUUAUAAUCUACAAGAGACUAAUGAAAUCUAAGUGGAUGUCUUUUUUAAUGUGAGACGCAAUGUCUAUCAUCCACCACCUGAGGGAGACAUUGCAACAAACGUUUGGUGAUCUGUCCAAUGCUGGUUAACGGGACAGUCGAUUCUACAACAUAUACCAACCAAACUGCUGACAUGAAUAGAUAGUUGUGUAACCAACAAUCACACUUUAUUAGACUUUUAAAUGUACAGCAGAAAAAUGUAUGGGAAGUGUUUUAUUGGACUGUAAGACAAACAGGGUUGCAGUACUGUAGAAGUUAUUUUAUUAUAGCGCAGUAUUUUAACUACAAUCGCCUCUGGUCAUUUGAAACUAGAAUCAUUAUUGUGUACAAAAAUAUAUUUCUAAAAAAAAACCUGGCCUUUUGAGAGAUCACAUAAAGGAAUCUUUGAUUCCUCACCUUUGACCUGGAAGUUGAAUCCAAAAGAAGUGA